CUAAGGAAGCAAACUGUUGGGAGAGGCUUCGGGGGAGUUCCUGGGGAGGCUGGGGAGGCUGGAGAGGCUGGAGAGUGUAGCACCCACCUCCAAGGAGAAAGAGAAGGAGAAGCUAUGUUAACUUCAGCCUGGUCCGCAGGCUCAUCUCACCUCUGGGGAGAUCUGAAUUUCACCGAUGUUGUCAAUCAGAAUGUGCAAGUCUUUAGCCAUCUGAACGUGGCCGGAGGGGUCAGUAGAGAGGAAGCCAGGGAAAUGUCAGACAAUCUGCCUCUGUCUUUCUACAUGAGUAUUCCUGAUCGCCUGCUGUUAUGGGAUCGCAGUGAUGGGGCAAGAUCUUUUUGGAUUAACCAGCUGCAUCAGAGCUCAACCUACAUGCCCAGUAUCCUGGUUCCUGCUUCUUACCUGGCCACUAACAGCCCUUUCUCAGCUGCCUUUAGUAGCAUCAGACUAAUAAGAAUGAUCUCUCCAAUAAGCAAAUCCGUAAAGGAUCAAGCCUGUGGUGAGGACACCCCCAUGGUAGCUGAAAGCAUGGUGAAUCUUGAAGAGGGCUCUCGUGAAGGAUUGGCCAGUGAAGAUGCGGGCAGGAUGGAGAUCGCUGCCUUGAAAAAGCAGCUGCAUAAGAUCUCUGGGAGACUGCAGGCUCUGGAGGCCCGGUGCAGGGGCUGGCGUCAGAAGGAGUUCCUGCUCUAUUCUGCCCUGGUCUCAGCCUAUGUUAUUAACACAUGGCUCUGGAUGAGAAGAUGAUGUGGUUGGCCUUCUGAACGCCUAGAGGGCAUGGAUGGUGGGAGACCACUGGGGAAGUGUUCUUGUAAACUGCAUUAGCGAAUGUAGAUUGAGCCUUUGGCCUUCCAGAGGUUCCAUGGAAAAGGCCACCUUUAAAAUAAUUUC